CCUCCCCCCGAAAAGAGAAACCAGCUGCCGGCAGGGCGGGGGCGACGUGUCGAAAGUGCGGAACAGGGCGCGCAGGCGCCGUCCUCGCCGCCGCCCCGGCCUGGUGGGGAACAAAGGGAGCGCGGCCGGCGCUGGAGCGGAAGUACAAAUAUAAUGUCAGGUGGCUGAAAAUUUGCCUAUCAAAAUGUCAAAAAGGCCAUCUUACGCCCCACCUCCUACCCCAGCUCCUGCAACCCAAAUGCCCAGCACACCAGGGUUUGUGGGAUACAAUCCAUACAGCCAUCUGGCCUACAACAACUACAGGCUGGGAGGGAACCCGGGCACCAACAGCCGGGUCACGGUAGGAGAAUCAACUAUUACAUCAUCCGGCAAACAACAGGAAUUGACCAGAAAUGGCUUUAGAGCUUCCUCUGGUAUUACCAUCCCAAAGCCCCCCAAACCCCCAGACAAGCCCCUGAUGCCCUACAUGAGGUACAGCCGGAAGGUCUGGGACCAAGUGAAGGCGUCCAAUCCUGAUUUGAAGUUAUGGGAAAUUGGCAAGAUUAUUGGAGGAAUGUGGCGAGAUCUCACUGAUGAAGAGAAGCAAGAGUAUUUGAAUGAAUAUGAAGCUGAAAAGAUAGAGUACAAUGAGUCCAUGAAGGCCUACCAUAACUCUCCUGCAUACCUUGCCUACAUCAACGCAAAAAGUCGUGCUGAGGCUGCGUUGGAAGAAGAAAGCCGGCAAAGGCAGUCACGCAUGGAGAAAGGUGAACCUUACAUGAGUAUACAGCCAGCAGAAGACCCCGAUGAUUACGACGAUGGAUUUUCUAUGAAGCACACAGCCACGGCUCGUUUCCAAAGAAACCAUCGUCUCAUCAGUGAGAUACUGAGUGAAAGUGUGGUGCCCGAUGUCCGGUCUGUUGUCACAACAGCCAGAAUGCAAGUUCUUAAACGCCAGGUUCAAUCUUUAAUGGUUCAUCAGCGUAAACUAGAAGCGGAGCUUCUGCAAAUUGAAGAGCGUCACCAGGAAAAGAAGAGGAAGUUUUUGGAAAGCACAGAAUCAUUUAACAACGAGCUUAAAAGGUUAUGCAGUUUGAAGGUGGAAGUGGAUAUGGAAAAAAUUGCAGCUGAAAUUGCUCAAGCCGAGGAACAAGCUCGCAAGAGGCAGGAGGAAAGGGAAAAAGAAGCAGCUGAACAAGCCGAACGCAGUCAAAAUAACAUAGCAGCUGAGGAAGAACAGGCAGCUAACAAGAUAGAGGAGAAGAAAGAAGAGGAGAGUGCUCCAAUGGAGACAGAAGAGCCUCACCCAGAAGAGAGCACAGAAAAUCAGCAGAAUGGUGAAGAAGGAACAUCUACCCCAGAUGAUAAGGAGAGUGGCCAAGAAGGGGUCGAUAGCACUGCAGAGGAGGGAACCAGUGACAGCAACACUGGUUCGGAAAGCAACAGUGCAACAGUUGAAGAGCCUCCUGCAGACCCUAUCACUGAGGAUAGUGAGAAGAAAGAAUAAAUACUGACUCGUUUCAUGUGUCUUUUUUAAUGAAGUACUGGUUUGAUUUCAAAAUGUGAUAAUGCGCCUUUUGUAUCUUCCUUGCCUGUAUCACUUGUCUCCAAAGGAUACUGGGUUUUAAUAAUGUGUCAGAUUAUCAGCAUUGCAACUUAAAGGGGCCUUUAGAGGCAAAGGAACUCUUUACAACAGACAGAAGAGAAAACCUCGUGUGUCUGUAAACGCAGCUGUUACCAUGUGGAGAGAUAUUUACUAUUGCUUGGGAUUUCUCCCUUAGAAAGAUAGCGUUGGGUUUUGUAUUAGAAAUCAGGCCUUCCCCCUUUCUUCUAGUUACAUUACCACAGUGAAAAUGUGAUUUCUCAAAGACCCUUGUGUUCAUUUGUGGCUGGAACACGAUGCAGAUGUGUGUCACCUCGGCCCCCUGACCUGGCUUCACAGAGGGGCUGGCUGCCCCUGCCGCAGCACACCUAGUUAGCCCAGCACUGCUCUGCAGCCAGGAUGCUGGUGCUGUGGUCAUGGGGGCUGAUGAAGUGGCACAGAUCACAAAGAUGGUUACUACCACUCGCUUUCUAGAGAGUUCUAGAGUACUGCUGAGACAUCUUAAAGUCAGCCUUUGCAUUAAACAGACAUGAUGCCUAUAAAACCCAGAGCAUUUCCUGGCCCUAACCAAACCAAACCGCCCCGCAGCAGGCCUAGCCUGCGAUACCGCUGCUGCUUCAGCUCUGGCCAGUGAGAACAUCUGCUGCAGCUGCCCAGAUCUUUGCUUUGAAAGAAAGCUUUUGGUCCUCACGAGUAGUGCUCCUGAGUAAGCCUGAAAGACUUGGUCUAAGGUGGGGUUUUUUGGUGUAAUCUUUGUUGUCUUUUUCUAGAGUAGCUGUUCUACAGUGAUGGAGGCUCAUGUUCUGCAGGCAGCGUUUCAGGACAUCCAUUUCCGAAGGGCUGAGUGGAGUCCUCUUGAAGUAAAUGACUUAUUUCUGUCAUGCAGGAUUCUUUUCAACAAGUCUUUUGCUUUUCUUUACCAAUUAACUCCUUAUUUGCCACUAAGAUACCCUGGUAUGACCCCAGCCAGAGAUACAGCAGAGUACAAAGGACAGCUACACGUUCUCUGGGAACAGUCACCAAUAAGGCACAAAUGGUAAAAAAUGGUAGUUUUGCUUGCCAUGAGCACAAAUGGUAAAAAAUGGUAGUUUUGCUUGCCAUGAGCUUCCAAAACCUUUGGGAACUCAACAAAUGUACUGAAAAUGCCACAUUUUGCCCUAUAUAGGUAAGCAAAAACCCUAAUGAAGAAAACCACUUAAUUGCAACAACAGAUACAAGCAGUUUUGUGACUUUACAACUCCAAGAGAACACAUGAUGCAUAUGCUUCAAGAAACUGGUAUGUUUUUAUGGAAUAGUGGGUAUAUCAGAUGGUAAUGCUUUUUAAAUCCUUUUGGUCUUUUUUUUAAAUGGUCUAAAAAUAAUAAAAUCUGACACGUUUGGGUUUUUUAAACA